UAACGCUUUUGGGUUGUCAUCAAUCUCAUCUCCGCCGUUUCUUCUUCUUCUUCUUCCACCGAAUCUCACUCUCCAUUUUACUAAAAAUCCCACCAGUCACUGUCUCUCUGUCCUCUUUCCUCUCUCUUUCUCUCUCUAAACGAAAACCAUUCACCAUGCUCUCCCCAACGCCUUUAUCUCUCAUCUGCGCCGUUCUUCUGUGUCUCCCUCUCACCGUAAUCUUCACCAUCAACAGCCCAACGGCCACAAAAACCACCGCCACCAUUUCCCCCUCCCAAAUCACAAAACCCUCCAAACCCCUAACAGACUUUAACCCAAUUUCACCGCCAAAGUCCCUCCCUUUAGAUGAAGACGCUCUCUUCCGCCUCGCCGCUCGGGUCAACUCGCGCCCCCCACGAUCCGCCCGCCCCAAAAUCGCCUUCCUCUUCCUCACCACCACCCCUCUCCCCUUCUCCCCUCUCUGGGAGCUCUUCUUCAACAAAAUCCCCAAAACCCAUUUCUCCAUUUACGUCCACGCCGACCCGCGAUUCCCCUACGACCCGCCGUUCUCCGGCGUGUUCGCGCACCGCGUUAUCCCCUCCAAACCUGCCCAGCGGUUCACCUCCACGCUCAUUUCGGCCGCGCGCCGCUUGCUCUCCCACGCGCUUCUCGGCGACAAAACGAACGCCAUGUUUGCGCUCAUUUCUCCCUCGUGCAUCCCCCUCCACUCCUUCAACUUCACGUACCGGACGCUCGCCCGAUCGAAGAAGAGUUUCAUCGAGGUUCUGGAUAACGAGAUCGGGGCGUACGAUAGAUGGGCAGCGCGUGGGGCGGACGCGAUGUUGCCGCAGGUGAAGCUGGAGGAGUUUCGGAUCGGGUCCCAGUUUUGGAUUCUGAAGCGGAAGCACGCGAGGAUGGUGGUGGGCGACCACCGGCUUUGGUCCAAGUUCAAGCUACCGUGCGAGCGUUGGUACACGUGUUACCCCGAGGAAAAUUACUUUCCUACCCUCCUCAACAUGCGAGACCCCGGCGGGCUAGUGCCUGCCACGCUGACGCACGUGGACUGGCGGGGGAGGUUCGACGGCCACCCCCGCACGUACAACGCCUCCGAGGUGGGGCCCGAGUUGAUACAAUCGCUGAGGAACGACAGGCCGAGGUACGGCGACGAGGAGGAGAGCUGGAACGACACUGUUUUGACGGUGAGGGAACGGCGGGACCCGUUUCUGUUCGCGAGGAAGUUCCCGCCGGAUGCGAUCGGGUCGUUGAUGAGUAUGGCCAGUGACGUCAUCUUCAAAGAUUAGGAUGAAUGUCAUCCGUUGUGAUAUUUUCCUUUUUUUUUUUUUUUUUGUAAUUUACAGAUAAAUUAUUAAGAAAACGAAAUCGGGACAAACCCGGUGGGUUGUUUGAGGAGUAAUUCUAUAUAAUUUUCCUUUUUAAGUA